AAGAACGACAUAAAUGAAUGCAGAAGUGCAAAAGAUAGGAAACACAUACAAUGCAAAAUUGAACAGGUAGUUGAAAAUGUAAGUGACUCAAGAAAACAACGUCUGGACGAACCGAGUUGAGCAAAACGUUAGGACAGUCGUCAGGCUCCGGCAAGCAGAAAGAUGAUUGCGCAAAAAGACAGUCGCUCGUAUACGCACACUUUUGCAAUAAUUUGACGAGUGGGUAAAGUCUGUGUCGGUAAGUCCGAUAUCGAAGAAGAACGAAAAGCGCGCCUUGCGACAGAAACGCCAGGCAUUUCAGUGAGGAAAAAGAGAAGAAAGAAGAAGAAGAAGAAGAAAAAGUGAAUUAGAGGAGGACUGAAAAGGGACAGUAAAAGAAAACGAGGAAGCGUGGGCGAAGGUGGGGCAGCAGGAGGCAAAAGAUGCAAUAACCUAUAUGAAGGACACGAGCCUCCGACGACCUAGUGGCAAGAUGUGGCCGGCCGACAUUCUCCGUCGUGUUCUUCUCGCUUUGUUGAUAAUCAUCGUUGCUCCAUCAAUCCUCGGAAAAUUGCAACCUGUCAAGCUUCUUGCGACCAGGAAUCGUGUCAUGUUGAGGCGGAUUGGCAUCUCUCGUGAGGAUAAGUCUAAAGUCUGCUAUGAUUUAGUCGGCUGUUUUGCAGUCCCACCAUCUCAUCUGUCGAUAAAACGGCCGCCCGAGCAUCCUAACGUGAUUCAGACUAAAUUUUUCCUCUAUACACGUGUCAACCGACAAGAUCCGGAACUUUUAGAAUAUGGUGACGACUCGAAAUCCAUCUCGCAUUCCCAUUUCAACAUCUCCAAACCACUGAAAGUGAUGAUACACGGUUACAAGGGCAGCGGUAGCGAUGUCAGCCUCAUACUUGGCGUAAACAUGCUUCUCGAUAUAGAAGAUGCAAACAUCAUCAUCCCGGACUGGACGAUGGGUGCCGCCAGCACUUACGGAAUCGCGGUAGCGAAUAGCGAGCUGGUCGGCCGACAACUGGCUCUGAUUCUUCUAGACACUAUCAACUUAGGAAUUAAUCCCGUCAAUAUUCACGUAAUAGGUUUCAGCUUGGGCGCGCACGUAGCCGGCUGCGCCUCAGAGAUGCUAAAACAGAAAAAUUUACUGCUAAGCCGCAUAACAGGCCUCGACCCGGCUUCACCAUUCUUCAGACAUCAUUUGUUCAGAGAGAAGUCGCGAAAACUGGAUGCCUCCGACGCCAACCUCGUCGACGUAAUUCACACUGAUGGCUCGCAAGAUUUCACGGACGGCUUCGGUUUACUAAAGCCAAUCGGACAUAUCGACUUUUUUCCUAACGGUGGCAGGGAGCAACCCGGCUGUGUUGACAUUAAGAAUUCGGUAGUGGUUAGCCACUUGAAAGAAGAUCUAGACCGAAAUAUAGCAUGCAGCCACCUAAGAGCCUGGUACCUUUUCGUGGAGAGUAUCCGCUUGCAGAAUGAAGAAUGUAAAUUCACUGCGUGGCCUUGUCCACAAGGCGGAAUGUCUUACAUCAGGGGAAUGUGCUUCCCCAUGGAAACGAUCGAAUGGAGUCAAGAGAUGGGCUACUCGGCUAAUCGUCGACCUUUGGGAUUAUACUACCUGGCUACCAGAGCUGAAUCACCGUUCUGUGGUACAGCAUUGAGGGCAUCAGUAAUGACAUCCGAGGGUAUGCCGAAGACAUCCGGGAUACUGCACUUCAAGAUAUUCUUAAGUAAUUCUACGACGCUCUUCAAAAUUCAAUGCACUUUAUCCAAACGAAGAAACGAGGGGAUGAUGUUUUACAACAUCGCAGCAGUGAAAUUCGACGCCUUGUUGUCUGAUACCGCGAGCAUUACAGGUACAGUCUCGUAUCAACGUAUUGGUAAUAAGGCGGAAAAGAACGUUGCGGACGAUACAGAUGCAGAUACAAUGUUUUUCAAUAAACUCGUCAUCGAGGAUCGUAAAGGUCACAGGUGGGAAUACAGCAACAUGAAUAUGGCAAUUAAUUCGCACAAAGUAUACGUAGAAUUGCGAAAUGAACGCUGUAUGUCGUUGUAAUAUAAUCUUAGGGAAUGAUUUUGUAUCUCAAUAAACUCAAUAAACGGUUCUUCAGAGGCGGCCGAAACCCAGCGAACCGUG